AUGAUUCUCUUGCCACCGGUGCUUACCCACUCGAUCGGAGGAAGCAUCGGGGCCAGUGGUGGGGGCAUUCAUGAAAGGCCUUGGGCCUCGUUUAAUGACCAGCUCUGUAUCAUACGCUUACAGCCUAGGCGUGAACAUAUUGGCGUCCACAAGUUCCGUGUAUGUGCUUUACCCGUGGCUGUGGACUAUGAACCUGCGAAUAAAGAACUUGGCAUGGAGUCGACAUCGGAUGCCAGACCGAUUGUGGAAGGCGCCUAUCGGUUGAGGCCUGGCGAAGUUUGUGGUGAGCAGAUGUCAUUGAAUAACUAA